ACAGGAAGUGCGCACGAGUGUGGGUUCUAGCUAGUAAAUAUCUCGGACUGGGCUAAAGGGCAAAUCAGCCCUGCUGAUGUUACAAACUGGGCUGUAAUUCAGCGCUUUUCUAAUCUGUCUUCUCACUGAAACCUGGUGAAUUCCUUCACUACGCAAUGCUGCAGAAUUCGGGAAGGCUGUCCGGAUACACCCUGUUUAUCACGGGUGCGAGUCGAGGCAUUGGUAAGGCCAUCGCUCUCAAAGCUGCCAAGGACGGUGCCAAUGUGGUCAUAGCAGCCAAAACUGCCGAAGCCCACCCCAAGCUGCCUGGCACUAUCUACACAGCUGCUGAAGAAAUUGAAGCAGCAGGCGGGAAGGCUUUGCCGUGUAUCGUGGAUGUCCGCGAUGAGAAGCAGAUCAGUGAUGCAGUGGAGAAUGCAGUGAAGAAAUUUGGAGGAAUUGACAUCUUGGUGAACAAUGCCAGCGCAAUCAGCCUAACUGGGACUCUGGAUACUCCCAUGAAGAAAGUGGACCUUAUGUUGGGCAUCAAUCUCAGAGGAACAUAUCUGACGUCUAAACUGUGCAUCCCACAUCUCUUGAAGAGCAAGAACCCUCACAUUCUCAACCUCAGUCCCCCGCUGAACCUUAACCCUGUAUGGUUUAAAAACCACACAGCAUACACCAUGGCAAAAUAUGGCAUGUCCAUGUGUGUCCUUGGAAUGGCUGAAGAAUUCAGGGGCUCCAUUGCUGUGAAUGCCUUGUGGCCUAGAACAGGCAUUCAGACGGCUGCAAUGGACAUGCUGGGUGGAUCUGGAAUAGCAAAACAGUGCAGGAAAGUUGAAAUUAUGGCUGACGCUGCUUACGCCAUCCUCUGCAAACCUGUCAGCUAUACAGGACAGUUCAUCAUUGAUGAGGACAUCCUCAAGAAGGAGGGCAUUAAAGACUUUGAUGUAUACGCAGUCGAACCAGGCCACCCACUGCUUCCUGACUUCUUCCUGGAUGAUGAGCCAGAGAAGCUUGAGAAGAUGAUGGAGCAAUCUGGUGCCAGUCCUGCUUUCAAGGGUGGAAAAGUCAGUGCUGAAGCAGCUCUCAGUGGACCCAUUGGUGGAACUUUUAACGUGAUCAAGGGAAUUCUCAGUCCAGAGCUGGUCAAAACCACGCAGGGAGUUUACAAAUUCGACCUGUCAGGGAAGCAUCGUGGAGUUUGGUACAUUGACCUGAAGAAUGACGCAGGCAGUGUGGGCAGUGGGGAGCCACCAGUCAAAGCUGAUGUCGUGAUGAGCUUGGACAGUGACGACUUUAUCAAGAUGUUCUCAGGGAAGUUAAAGCCAACCAUGGCGUUCAUGUCCGGCAAGUUGAAGAUCGAGGGGGACAUGACCCUAGCCAUCAAAAUGGAGAAGAUGAUGAGCUUGAUGAACAAGUCCAAGCUGUAGGAUCAACCUUUCUUCUGCCUUAAUUAGUGCCCACCUUUUCUCAGGUGUUUAAGAGCAGCUGGUUAAUUAAUUGUACUGAAAGUCAUGUGGGCUGUGGAACUAAAUUGACAAGGAGGUUUUUAACCCUUAGUUUUUUGGACCAUUUUUAAUGUAGUUUAUUUCUAUUUAAGUCUGUUGUGAUGCAGCAGGCUGAAUGUACAUGCAUUUGAAUUAGUCCAGUUAUGUUGAGCUGUGAGAUGCUUCUCACAUGUCCAUGACUAAACAGCUGUGGAACUGAACCCAUUGAACCGAAGACGUUUAAUCUCCAGUCAUAUUUAACCAGCACUAUAAAACAAACAAAUAACUGCUGGUGUGCAUAAAGGGCAUGUUUUCAACUGUACUUUCACACAGCGCCAAUGGACUUCAUCCAGAUCUAUCAGAUAAAGUCGAAGCAGGAAAGGGAUUGCCAAAAAACACUAAUGCUUGGUGUCUUGAUAUGUUAAAUAGACACACAACAGUUAAACUGCUGAAUAUUAUUUGCUGUUAAAUUCUAAGACAGUUCUCUACAGUUCCUGUUUCUGCUCGUUCAUGUUGAUGUAUUUGCUUAAUUUUGCCUUAAAAUUGUAAUAAACAAAUCAAAUUCAAA